UACAAAGACAAUAGGACAGUUUUCUGCAACUAUUGUCGAUACUAUUGUUUACAGACGAUGUUGUGAUUUGCAUUUAUAGACAUAAGCACUCGACACAACUUGGCAAGUACUUGCAUGUAAAUUCCUUGACACCAGCGGUAUACCCGAAACACGUGACGUCUCAAGCUCCAUUUGCGUUAUAUCGAGGAGCAAGCGGCGUAUAGAGAGGCCUAUAGGAAAUUCCGUGGACGGAUAUUAGUGUAUGUUUGUGAUGAAUUGGGAUCGAGAUAUCGUAACAUGUGAUCUGGAUCCAGGAACACUGAGUUUUAAAGACAACAGGCGGUGUAAACUAGAAUAAUGCUUUCGUUGUGAACAAUUAGAAAUAUAUUCAGGAACACGCAAUCCGGGAAAUUCUUUUUGGAAAGAAUUAUCAAAUUAUCACAGCUAUGGCGACUACCUUCGGCAUCCUUGAUUACUGCAUCUUCAUCGGACUCUUAGCAGCAUCGGCGCUCAUUGGAGUUUAUUAUGUGAUCAAAGAAAAAUGGCAGACGAAAAAGGCAACAGCAGACGACAUUUUGAUGGGAGGGCGGGAAAUGGGAAUAUUCCCCGUUGCUAUGUCCCUCAUCGCUAGCUACAUGUCCGCCAUCACUGUAUUGGGGAUACCCACAGAGAUAUACCUGUUCGGGACCGGGUAUUGGAUGGUGGCGCUGGCCGGUAUUCUAACCUACCCGGUCACCUGUCAUAUUUUCCUUCCAUUUUUUCACGACAUGGGGUUGUCAAGUGCUUACCAGUAUUUAGAAUUGAGAUUCUGCCGAACGGCGAGAUAUAUCGCCUCCGUUAUAUUUACGAUAGAGAUGCUACUUUAUAUGGCUGUGGUUUUGUAUGCACCCUCCCUUGCUCUGAAUCAAGUGACGGGACUGCCCUUGUGGGUGUCAAUUGUCACCGUCGGCAGUGUCGUCACCUUUUACACGUCAAUGGGAGGUCUCCGCGCAGUGUUGUGGACAGACACCUUCCAGACAUUUAUUGUCAUUGGCGGACUUAUCGCUCUCAUUGUCAUUGGGUGCCAGCGUCUGGGAGGACUCGCUCACGUAUGGAGCGUUGCUGAGCUUGGAGAGAGGAUCAACUUCUUAAAUUUUGACCCGAGCCCCUUUACGAGACUGACGGUGUGGGGAGCUGUGUUCGGCAGUUUCAUUGGUCAGCUGACAAUCUAUGGAGCCAAUCAGACGAUGCUACAGAGAUACAUGGCCAUCAAGAAUGUGAAGAACUCUCAGAUCGCCCUGUACAUCAGCCUUCCGGCCACUUUCCUACUUAUCUCCCUUGUAUGCUUGACCGGCCUUGUGAUUUACGCCACCUACCGGAGCUGUGACCCCUUGUUGAAUGGGCAGAUAAUCUCAAAUGAUCAGUUACUGCCCUUCCUCGCGAUGGACACUCUCGGUCAGAUGAAAGGCGUACCCGGCCUGUUUGUGGCCUGUAUUUUCGCGGCAGCUCUCAGCUCCAUAUCAUCUUGUCUGAACGCGACGUCAAUCACGUUAUUGGAGGACAUUAUUAAGCCGUGUCUUGAGGGGUGCAAGAAAUCCCUGUCCCCCAACACGGAGGCCUGGCUGGCCAAACUACUAGGCGUUUUUGGAGGCGUGAUUGUCAUCGGAUUGGCAUUUUUAUCAUCAAUUCUAGGGAACACAGUUUUACAGAUCAUGAUCACGGCGCUAGGGAUGGCGGGUGGCCCCCUGUUGGGGCUGUUUCUACUUGGCAUGUUUUGCCCCGGAUGUAACUCUAAGGGAGCAAUAAGUGCAACGAUAAUCAGUACUGCAGUGACGUUCUGGAUUGCGAUUGGCUCUUUUGUAACGCAUGCGCCUCAACCAGAGUUACCGCUAUCCACGUCAGGAUGUGUUGUCCACAAUGAGACUUUGACAUACAGCUACCUCAACUCAUCGAUGGCCAUUUCGCAUACUCAAUUGCAUGGCGUUGAAGAAAACUGGACGGGAAUAAAACUCAUCUACCGUCUAUCCUUCCUCUGGUAUCCGACGGUGUCUGUUGGGGUGUCGAUUGUCACCGGUGUCAUCGUCAGUUGGUUUACCUGUUGGAAUGGUCACCACGUGGACGCCCGCUACAUCUACCCCAUCUGUGGGACUCUUUGCUGCUGCCUACCAAAGUGUGUGCUCAACAGAUGUUACGGCUCCUAUCAGCGAGUACUUCCAUUUAGCUUGGGUGACAACGACAUUGGUCCUUUUGAUGAAGAAGAGGAAGUGACGUCAAACCGGAACAUAACCACGUCACGAGAAACGGCGAGACUUAUUCCGUCCGACAUCCGAAGCAUGGGAAAUACGGAAUCCGGCGAGGAAAGCCCAUUUUAGUCGGAGAAAAAUCUACUGCCGUUUUCGUCCAAAUUCAGUUAAGAUAUGGCAUUUAUUUGUUCAUCGUUUUGUGUAAGAUCAUGACACUGAGAAGUGGUACUAUCGAUGAAGAAUUUGAACUCUCUAUGUGAAGACACUUGUUUCGUAUCUUUAUCGAGUAGUAACUCGAGAGAGAGAAGCACUCUUCCCACAUUUCAUCGUAGGACAUUCAGGACAACUCAGACUUUGCAUAAAUAUUUCUCUCAGA